GAGGACGCACGCGCCGCCGCUGCUCCCAGUCCGGGUUCCAAGGCUGCUGGAGGCAGCGGCGGUCGCGUCUGCAUUUCCGUACGGGUGGCCGCGCGGCCCAGGGAUAGUCCGUAGAGGAUGCCAAAUGAGAGAAUCCCCCACUCAAGCCCAACUCAGGAGCAAGACUGUUCAGAGAGUCAGGAUGUCAGUGCGAGUGAAGAGACGCCAGUCCAGCAGGAAGACAGUGGUGAUGGGGAGCUGGGGGAGAGCCUCCCCUCUUGUUCCUCUGCUAACGGACCCUCCACUUUCGCCGGGGGGUGUCCCUCGGAACUUCCAAGGAGAGGGCCAGCCCUGCUGCAGAUCGACAGACAUCAGAUCCAGGCGGUGGAACCCAGUGCGCAGGCUCUGGAGCUGCAGGGCUUGGGUGUGGACGUCUAUGACCAGGAGGUGCUGGAGCAAGGGGUGCUUCAGCAGGUGGACAGUGCCAUUCAUGAGGCCAGCCGCACGGCCCAGCUGGCCGACGCGGAGAAGGAGUAUCGGUCAGUGCUGGAUGACCUCACGUCAUGUACGAUAUCCCUAAGGCAAAUCGAUAAAAUUAUUGAACAGCUCAGCCCUCAAGCUGCCACCAACAAAGGCAUCAACAGGAAACUAGAUUCUGUAAAACGACAGAAGUAUAACAAGGAACAGCAGCUGAAGAAGAUCACAGCAAAACAAAAACGUCUCCAGGCCAUCCUUGGAGGAGCAGAGCUGAAAGUUGAACUAGAUCAUGCCAGUCUGGAGGAGGAGGAUGCAGAAGCGGGGCCGUCCUCCCUUGGCAGCAUGCUUAUGCCCGCCCAGGAGUCUGCGUGGGAAGAGCUCGUCCGCACUGGUCAGAUGACACCUUUUGGUACCCGGAUCCCUCAGAAGCCAGAGAAAAAGCCUAGAAAACUAAUGCUCAACGAAGCAUCAGGCUUUGAAAAGUAUUUGGCAGAUCAAGCAAAACUGUCCUUUGAAAGAAAGAAACAAGCUUGUAAUAAAAGAGCAGCUAAAAAAGCUCCAGCCUCUGUCACUUCUGGGCUGAGCUCAACACUCAGUGAAAACAAACCAGACAAGAGAGGCAAAGUUCUCACGAAAACAGAUAAGCGCUUGGAAAAGCACAUCAAGAAACUCCAGAAGAGGGCUCUUCAGUUCCAGGGGCAGGUGGGAUUGCUAAAGGGAAAGAAACCCUUGGAGUGUGAUGUGAGGCCAAAGGCAGAGGGAGACUCUGAGGGUGAAGAGUCCGAGUACUUGCCGACGGAGGAGGAGCUGGAGGAGGCAGCAGGGGCCGCCCUGUCAGGGGAAGGCACCGACAAUGACCGGAGGCUGGUGCUCAGUCGUCGGAAACGGCAGAAGAAAGUCACAGUGCAGGAGAUUGAUGAUGACUUUUUUCCAAGUUCCGGGGAAGAAGCUGAAGCCACAGGAGGAGGAGGAGGUCGGAAAGUAGUGAGAUGCCGAGAUGACGGAGAUGAGGAUUAUUAUAAGCAGCGGUUAAGGAGAUGGAAUAAACUGAGACUGCAAGACAAAGAGAAGAGUUUGAGGCUUGAAGAUGAUUCUGAGGAAAGCGAUGCCGAAUUUGACGAAGGUUUUAAAAUGCCGGGUUUUCUGUUCAAAAAGCUUUUUAAGUACCAGCAGACAGGUGUUAGGUGGCUGUGGGAAUUGCACUGCCAGCAGGCAGGAGGAAUUCUGGGAGACGAAAUGGGAUUGGGCAAGACCAUCCAGAUAAUUGCCUUCUUGGCAGGUCUGAGCUACAGCAAGAUCAGGACUCGUGGUUCAAAUUACAGGUUCGAGGGGUUGGGUCCGACUCUAAUUGUCUGUCCAACGACGGUGAUGCAUCAGUGGGUGAGGGAAUUUCACACGUGGUGGCCUCCAUUCAGAGUGGCAAUUCUGCACGAAACUGGGUCCUUUACCCACAAAAAGGAGAAACUAAUUCAAGAUAUUGCUCAUUGUCAUGGGAUUUUGAUCACUUCUUAUUCCUACACUCGACUGAUGCAAGAUGAUAUCAGCAGGCACGACUGGCACUACGUGAUCUUGGACGAAGGACACAAAAUUCGGAAUCCAAAUGCUGCUGUCACCCUUGCUUGCAAACAGUUCCGCACGCCACAUCGUAUCAUCCUGUCUGGCUCACCGAUGCAGAAUAACCUGCGAGAGCUGUGGUCGCUCUUUGACUUCAUCUUCCCGGGAAAGUUGGGCACAUUGCCCGUGUUUAUGGAGCAGUUUUCAGUUCCCAUCACCAUGGGGGGGUAUUCAAAUGCUUCCCCAGUACAGGUUAAAACUGCUUAUAAGUGUGCAUGUGUCCUACGAGAUACCAUAAACCCAUACCUACUGCGGAGAAUGAAGUCGGAUGUCAGAAUGAGCCUUUCUUUGCCAGAUAAAAACGAACAGGUCUUAUUUUGCCGUCUUACAGAUGAGCAACAUAAAGUCUACCAAAAUUUCAUUGAUUCCAAAGAAGUUUACAGAAUGCUCAAUGGAGAGAUGCAGAUAUUCUCUGGACUUAUAGCCCUAAGAAAAAUCUGCAACCACCCUGAUCUCUUUUCUGGAGGCCCCAAGAAUCUUAAGGGUAUUCCACAUGAGGAACUAGAGGAAGAUCAGUUUGGAUACUGGAAACGUUCUGGGAAAAUGAUAGUUGUUGAGUCCUUGUUGAAAAUAUGGCACAAGCAGGGCCAACGAGUGUUGCUGUUUUCUCAGUCCAGGCAGAUGUUGGACAUACUUGAAGUAUUCCUUAGAGCCCAAGAGUAUUCCUAUCUCAAGAUGGAUGGUACCACUGCAAUAGCUUCAAGACAACCACUGAUUACAAGAUACAAUGAGGACACAUCCGUAUUUGUGUUUCUUCUGACCACUCGGGUGGGCGGCCUAGGAGUCAACCUGACGGGGGCAAACCGAGUCAUCAUCUAUGACCCCGACUGGAACCCAAGCACAGACACACAGGCCCGGGAGCGAGCAUGGAGGAUAGGCCAGAAGAAGCAGGUGACGGUGUACAGGCUUCUGACUGCGGGCACCAUUGAAGAAAAGAUUUACCACCGACAAAUCUUCAAGCAGUUUUUGACAAAUAAAGUGCUAAAAGAUCCAAAGCAAAGACGAUUUUUCAAGUCCAAUGAUCUUUAUGAGCUGUUUACUCUGACUAGUCCUGAUACAUCCCAGAGCACUGAAACAAGUGCUAUUUUUGCAGGAACUGGUUCAGAUGUUCAGACACCCAAACGCCUUUUAAAAAGAAAACUUCAGCCAGCCUUUGGAACAGACCAGAACGCUCCAGUAGGCAAAAAGUUCCCUGAUUCUAACGCAUCUGCAAAUGAUGCUGCAUUAUCUGAAGAGAAACCUACAGCUGUAGGAGCUGAAGUGAAUGCAGUGACUUCUGAUCAAGGUGAUCCUUUGAAAGAUGCCCCUCAAACAUCUUGUAGUCUAACCAGCAGUGAGAGGCUUGGGGAAGAGACAGAUGCGGUGUCCAGACUGCAGGAGUCCUCAGUGAUUCAUGGAAACGGGGACGGUUCAAAUUCUCCAAGAAUCGACGAAACGUACAGGUCAUCUGGUGAGGAAAACAUCAAUGAAAAGGAGGGUCUUUCUCAUAAGAGAGAAAGCUGCCAGGUUCAGACAGAACCUCUUUGGGAGAAUGAGCAAGUGGAAAAUAAUUUUUAUAAGCACAAGUCAAAAACAAAACAUCACGUGGCAGAAGAAGAGACCCUAGAGAAACAUGUGAGGCCGAAACAAAAGCCUAAGCGCUUGAAACACCGCAGAGACGCCAAGUUUGAGGGAAUUCGAAUUCCACACCUGGUGAAGAAGCGGCAGUACCGGAGGCAGGACGAUGAAAACGGGAGCGAGGCCACGGAUCGCAGCCAUGACGACUACGUCCUGGAAAAGCUUUUCAGAAAAUCAGUGGGCGUGCACAGCGUCAUGAAGCACGACGCCAUCAUGGAUGGAGCCAGUCCAGACUACGUGCUGGUGGAGGCGGAGGCCAACCGAGUGGCCCAGGAUGCCCUCAAAGCGCUGCGACUCUCUCGGCAGCGAUGUCUGGGAGCGGCAUCUGGUGUUCCCACCUGGACAGGCCACAGAGGGGUGGCUGGUGCACCAGCAGGAAGAAAGAGCAGAUUUGGUCAGAAAAGGAACUCCAGCCUCUCUGUGCAGCAGCAUCCCCCUUCAGCAUCUCCAAAAGAGAAAUGCCAGGAUGGCGCUAUGAAAAAGGAUGGAAAAGAUAAUGUUUUGGAGCAUGUUAGUGAAAAAGUUGAAGAUGCAGAGCCUUCAUCCGGGGCCCUCACUUCGUCCUCACUGUUGGCUAAAAUGAGAGCUAGAAACCACCUAAUUCUGCCAGAGCGCUUAGAAAGUGAAAGUGGCCACCUUCCAGAGGCUUCUGCUCCGCUGCCCUCCAGCACAGAACACGAUGACCUUCUGGUAGAAAUGAGGAACUUCAUUGCCUUUCAGGCCCAAGUUGAUGGCCAGGCCAGCACUCGGGAGAUACUGCAGGAGUUUGAAUCCAAGUUAUCAGCAUCACAGUCUUGUGUCUUUCGAGAACUAUUGAGGAAUCUGUGUACUUUUCAUAGAACUUCUGGUGGUGAAGGAAUUUGGAAACUCAAACCGGAAUACUGCUGAUCAACGUACUUUCUGAACCUUAAAUUGACUUUUUCUACUGGAAAUUUCUGAUUAUUAAUCUUAUGAUUAAUAAUCAUGUGUUUUGUCGAUGAAAGUUGGCUGCAUUUGAUGUUUACUUUGAGUAACUACCUCAUAAUUAAAACCUUAAGGAAGAAGAAAUUCUCUGAAACUUAGGUUUUAAAAAUACCUGUUUGUUUUUUUUGUUUUUUGUUUUCCAAAAUGAAUUGUAAAAUCAGGGACCUGACCGUUAAUCCUUGAAACACAUUUGUUCUUUCACCCAGAAGAUGCUGUCAGGGAACACAUUACUACUUAUUUAGAAGUUUAUAGACCAAAACUCUCAAGAAUUCUUUUUAUUGGUGCUGAAAACGUCUUAUGUUUGGUUAGACCUGUUCAGUAAAUCAGUUCAUCAGUAUCUGAUAACAGAAUUGUUUUUGGUACCUAGCUUUUAAAUGUUUAAACCGAUCAUUUGCCACCCAAAGAAGAGAUCAGGCUUGUUACCUUUUGAAUCCUAUUAGUUGCCUUUAAACAGUCUUCCGUUAAGGUACUAUUAAGUUGGCAGGUAUUUUUAUUAGUAAAGCAUGGAAUACCUUGAUAAUAAAUGAUGACAUGUAUUUGCAGAAAUUUGUAGUUUCCUCAGUUUACAGUGGCUUUAUUUUAAGUAAGGGGCACCCCCGCCCCACAUAGUGAAUAGUGGUUUUAGGAAAAUGAAAUGUGUUAUCUUAAAAAAAAACUCAAGCAGAACCAAAAGUAGCUACAAAUAAAACCAUCAACAGACACACACACACACACACACACACACACACACACACACACACACACACACACACACACACACACACACACACAGACACCACUCCAGACCACACCCAGAUAUACCAUCAUCACCGUGUGGUGACCACCGUUCCAGCCCUCUCUCUGCUUACAUGCUGGGAGGGAACUUUGAACAUUUUUUUUAUAUACCUUAUUCAUUGUCUGCCUUUCUAAGGAUGCUGGUAGCUUUAUAUCAGACAUCAUUGUUCUCCUUCUUCUGUCCAGUCAUUUUCAUCUCUCUUUUCCCUUCACAUUCACCGUGACUCUCCUGUUCUAGAGGUUUAGUUUUCAGCUGCAUCUGUUUCUGGCUGUUUAUGUGUUUCAAGUUUUGUGAUGGUGUUGUUUUGGUCCUUUGUUUUCUUUCUUUUUUCGUUUGUUCUCCUUUCCUUCUCAUUGUUUUAUUGUCUUGCUCUGAAGUCCUGUUUUCUGAAAUUCAUUGGAUUCCUUAUAUGUCUCAUAGAGCUGUCACGGUGCAGUUUGUUUGUUUCUUGGAUUUGUUUUCUCUGGCCUGCUGUCUUCCCGCUUUCUGAUUUCUCUGUAUUGUGCUCGCCUUCCUCCCAUGCCGUUUCUCUGCAGCUUGCUCACGCUGAAAUUGGGCAGCUGGGCCCAGAUCUCCUGUAUGCUCUUCCCUGCCACCCAGAGAGAAGGGGUGUAGGUUUGGGGUUUGGGGAGAGCCUCUCCUGGGCAGCAUGAAGCUUUUGGUUGGAGGACUUGGGUUUUACUUUUCUGUUCUGAGAUUUUGUUAAAUGACUUAGGCCAUGAAUCCCUCCCCGUAGACAGGGGAUGUCAUCGUCAGAGUCAUAAUUCCCACCAGGAUUUUCUGCUGCUCUUUUUGGGUUCUGCCUUGUUCAUUUUAUUCUGUUUUUAGAGUGGUUUGUUAUUAGAGGAAGAAGAUUCUGUUAUUUUCUUCAUUCUGCCAUCAUUAUCUAGAAAUAAUAGAAGAGACUUUUAAACAGGUCAGUACAUCCUAGACUUGACUACUUGGCUCAGAAGGGAGUCAAAGCUCAUGACUUUUGUUUCUGGGAAGUUCUUUUUUUAUUUUUAUUUUUGAAAUCAUUAGCCUGUGAGAAAAUUUUAUCCCUUUUCUCAGAUUAAAGUGCCGAUGCAGUUCACAAGUGUGAAGUGCUUGGGCAUCAUAAGCUCUAUUGUCUGAAAUCUAAACUCCUCCACCAAGCUGGAAAGUUGUAGCCUUCUCAUCAAGUAGAAAAUGCCAGCAAAAGUUACAGUGCAGUCCCAGCAAGGCGGUCUUCACUCCAGGCCUCGUCUCAGCUCUGCCACCAGCUGAGGCCUUGGGUAGUCGCUGUCUUGCCCGUGUCUCCGUGUGGUUAGCUGUAGAUAUUGGCACCGUGCUUCUGGGUGGAGGGACUUAGAGGAAGAUGCUCUAAAGUGUCAUCGUUUUAGCAACAUAGAGUAACUUAUUCAUUUAGAUAAAAUCUAACUUUUGGAACUUUAAAAAGCUUUGUACAAUGUAGAUAGAUUUAAUGUAUUUAACAUGUUAUAUUGGUAUUAAGCCACAAUAAAGGAUUUUAAAAUUUUGUGAAAUUUAAAAAAUUCCUUAGUUAAUACAUGAGUAUACUAUCACUCUUUAAAAAUUUUCAAGCAAUACUCUGCCUCCCCCCCACCCCUCUUGUUCCUGUUCCAAAGAUGAGUACUGUAUUUGGUGUGUAUUCUUCCAGGCUAUUUUCCAUGCCUUUCCAGAUGCAUGCGGCAGAGACUGCUGCUAUAAUGUCCGUUUUCCCCUUCUCCUUUACUGCUAAGAUUCCUGCUUUUUACCUGGACACGUGGCUGCUCAGCUCACGACUCUACUUCCCAAUCUCCCUUAUGGUUAAUUGUGGCCAUGUGAGCAGGCAGUGGGAUAUGAAGAGACUGUCCAGACUGGGUGUCCUUAGAUAAGGAAUUGGGUGUCCACUCUGCUCAGCUUCCCCCCUUGGGCUGGCUGAGAUGCCUGUGGGAGCUUAAGCCGCGACAUGAAGUGGAGAGAAGUCAUGUGCUGAGGAUAAAAAUGUUGGCCUACUGGUCUUGAACUGCUUCCCUUUCACCUGUUACUUAAGAGCAAAAUAAAUUCCUGACUUGUUUAAACCACUGUUUCUUGGAGUCUCU